AUGCAGCCGCCACCGCCACCGGCGGCCGAACACGACGGCCCCGCCCCGAUGCCGCCCGCCGAUAUCACGCUCACCAAUUUCAUGUUGCUGCCGGCGGAGCUGCACCUACAAAUCUCCGAGCUCCUCACAUACCCAGACGCGCUGUCGCUCAAGCAGACUAACCGGCGCAUGCGGCUGCUCGUCAACACGGGCAUGCCGCUCAAGGUGGAGUGGCUGCUCGAGCGCCGCCGGCUGCACCUCGACUGCCCCAACGACCACAGCUGCGACCUAGGCAGCGACCUGCGCUUCUGCCGGGGAAGUGUUCCGCUACUAUUAAAGCGCCGCCGAGAGCACUACGAGUGCGAGUCCCGCCCGGGCUUGGGCUGUCUGGUGUAUGACACGCCCAAGUGCGCAAAUAAACCGAGGGAUCUGAAGAUGUACAAGAUGCAGCUCAUAAGGACAUCGGGGUGGCUGAGAAGGAACUUGCCGGAGCAGUGGUGGCUGGUGUUGGUGUUGUCGCUGCUGCUGCUUUGGAUCUGA